UCCAACCAGCCCUCCAUCUCCAGCCUCCUCACCCAACUGCGCCGCAGCACCCUCACGCCUCACAACCGCCUCAAAUCCAUCCACGCCGACGCCGCCUACGUCGCGCAAGUCGCCUCCGCCUUUUCCACCCGUCAACAAUCUCACGACCGGAAGCGCAAGAGACAGGGGAGACCGCUGGUGGCGAAUGAGCGCUGCGGGAGCUGGUACAUCCCGCCGGAGAAAAAGGACGGCAGCGCCUAUUUCAAGAGCACGGAUGGGCAUGAGCGGGCGUGGAAGUUUAGCACGAGGAGGCUGAAUCUGCAUUUGAUUGACUUGAUUGAGGAGAAUGACGGAAUCAUCAUUGUCGACUCAACUCGCCGCGGUAAACGCAUGCCCGAUGCCCUCUCCACCACCAUCCCCAUCUGGUGCGCCGUCAUCAACCGCGCCCUCCUCCCAAACCACCCCCUUUCCUCCAACCUCUUCCUCCCUCCUUACUUACCCGCAUCAACUCACUCCCAAAUCCUCGCCCUCAUACCGUCAUUCCUCGCUUCCCUCAAAGAACUCAACCUCACUCUGCCCAAAUCUCUCACAAAACCUCUUCGCCCCCUGUGGAUCACGCAAGAGUCAUCCCUCCCCGACUCUCCAGACUCAGGUGAAGAAAGCGACGAUGACAACGAAGACAGCCAGAAUGUCAUAUUCCAAGACUUUAGACCUGUCAUAUGCUGCACCGCUAGCAGACGAGUCAUUGGAAGCGAGGUAGAUGAAGGCGGCUACAUCCAAGGCGCAGGAGACGACACCGAGAAUUGGGCACUGGGACUCACCCCCGACGUCUUCUGGGCCAACACCACAGCCCUGCUCUCUUCCCCUGAAGCUAAUCUCCCAGACCUCAUCGUCCGUCUGGUGGAGGAAGCUAAAGUGAAGCGCCAGGCCGGACAAGGCAGUCAAACCGCUCUUCCGCGAAAGCAACUCACACCACACAUAUCUGUCCGCCCGGUAUCAACAUCCCAUGAUCUCUCAACACCACCUGUCAAGCAAGAAGACGAAUGCCUCAUCCUCCUCACCGACGCUUCUCCCACUCCAAAGGAAUCAUGGAUCCAAUCUCCAACGCAUAUCCGCGUCGACCUUGGCAAACACAAGACUGCCAGCCGCAAUCUCCGCCUUGCCCUCCCAGAGAUAUGCUCCUUUGCAGCUGCUUUCCUACAGAAACACCAUUCAGUAUCAGAUUCCUCAGCGGAUGGAAACAAAAAGCCACCGCAGAUUGUCGUAGCCUGCGACUCGGGCAAGGAUCUCUCAGUGGGAGUCGCCCUCGCAUUGUCAUGCUACCUCUUUGACGAGCAGGGCAAUUUUCGCGUGCCAGAUGAAAAUGCGUCCUUUACAAAAACGCUGGUCAAAAUUAGGCUGGGGGCCAUCAUGACGGUAUAUCCGGAGGCGAAUCCGAGCAGAACGACUUUGCAGAGCGUAAAUAGCUUCCUGAUGGAUUGGAGGAAAUGA